AUGAUGAUGUCAACAACAGAAGGAGAACUGGAUGUCGCAGAAUUGGAUGAAUUAGAAGAGGGCGAGUUAGAAGAUUCCGACGUAGAAUACGGUACGUAUGUUCCACUUCCGAGGCCUGAUGCUAUUAAACUUCCGUCGCUCGUAAACAUGCAAAUUCAGGACGAGCAGAGUGAUGAGGAUUCAGUCCAAGAAUCGUCAGGUUCAGAGUCGGACGAUGAACCGCGACGACGUGCUAAACGUACUAAGCUGCGUCCCAAAAGACCUCAACAGCAGGCCCACACUACUAAAAAAGAUAAAUAUAAUAUUUGGUGCAAAGCAUUGGAGGAAGAUAUUUUAACAGAAGAUAUGGUUAGCUGUGAUGUGUCAAAGAAAAGUAGAUAUGGCGUUGAAUCUUAUGAUUACACUAUUAAGUAUAGAUUAGAUGACCACUAUAUUUCCAAAAAAGUAUUUACCAAUAAUCAUAAACAUAGCAAUAAGGAACACUCUACCAAUAAAAGAAGUUAUUCUGACCGUUCUAAUGUUAAACUGAGGCUUGGAAAAAGAACAAAUAGUGAACAGCCAUCGGAAAGUAAACAAAAUCCAAGGAUUUUGACAGAUUUGUGUGUGACAUCGGAACAUCCUAUAGAGCAAAUUGCUCUGGAUAUAGCAGAGAAAUUGUCAGAAGAAAAAACUGAAUUAGUUGGUAGGAUAGUGGAAGUGCUUGGUGCUAAGAAAGCUAUAGAAAUAUACAAGGAGACCCAAAGAAUUGAAGCUGACGGAGGUAUGCUUGUAAUGAAUGGGACACGUAGACGUACUCCGGGCGGCAUAUAUUUCUUUUUAUUGAAGCGGGAUGAUGAUGUAUCUCAAGAUAUGAUUAAUCAAAUAUUUACGGAGGAUCGAAAAAAUACUGCACGCAGGCUGAAACAAACACGGGCUCGAAGUCGCCAAAAAGUUAUGGAGCAAUUAAAACAAAGUCUCACAGAUUCAGAACUGCCGUCUCUUCUUUCACGAGGUGAGGCUACUGUUCAAUCAGAACACGGCUCCAAUCCCCCGCCUUCACCAGCGACCGAUGCCCGGGACUGUUCCAGCGAUACUGACGGUCACUCACACAUAGAACAGCCUCCCUCCCCCCCACGCCCCAGAUCCCCCCUCCCUGACCGGACCUCCAGGGAGAUACAGCAGUACGACGAUGAUGACUUCUUAGAGGUCAUGUGCAAUGACGACAUGGACAUGUUCUAA